UGUCUCCUUCAUCAUCUCCAUCCCCAUCACUACCACCACCUCCUACUUCACUUGAAGUUGUGGCAGAGUUGGUUGAAGCCAGUGUUUACUUAAGGUGUACUUUUGAUGUUCCUCUCACAAAUAGUUCAGUGGGAUUUAUUGUAACUUGGUCCAGGCUUGCUUCUGAAGACUUCAAAGAAGAACUGAGACAAGAGACAACAGUUCAGGCAUUUUCACUGUUAGAACUGGAUGGCAUAAGCCUCAGACUUGGAGACAGGAUCUUCUGUAGCAGUUCUUCUUUUUUCUUGGAAAAACCAGAUAUACAAAGCCCACCUGUUGAGAGCCGUGAAUUUUUUGUUGGCAUUAAGCUGCAUCCUGAAUCACUCAAUAUAUCAGAAGAUGGAAAAGAAUACAGACUGACAAUAGAAAGUAGAAUUCCUAUUCCUUGUCCCAAAUUUAGCCAACUUGAAAAUAACUGCAAAAUCUCAUUAAAAUUAAAUACUGUUGAUGAAGGUAAAGAGCAGUUAGGCUUAAACCUGGCUCUUUCUUCUUGUGAUGUGGAUCUUCUUCAGAAACCCUGCAUUAAUGGAACCUGUAGCCAGGUUAUUGUUCAUGUCCCUGCUGUGACAGAUUUUGCUCAGGAUGGAGACAGAGUUACCAAGAUUAUGGUGGAACCUAUAUUAAGUGAUAAUUUCCUGUGGAACCAUUACAUCCCAGAAGGCAUACAGAUCUCAUUUUCUUCUGGAGCUUUCAUUCGUGCCGAUGUGAGUGACUGGGGAAUGAGUGUGACACGCCGGGCACCCAGUUCCGAUUAUAAGAACACUUAAGGACUUUGCGGCACAUUUGAGGAGAAUGACUACCACACUGUAAAUGGGAUCGAAAUCCCAAAGAAUUCUAAUGCUCAUCUUACUUUUAUUAAUGAGUGGAGAAUUUUACCAGGAAACAGUUUGUUUGACAAAAUACCAGGUUCUUUAAGUUCAUCCAAGAAAACACCCUUCUGUAGUUGCACAGUUGAUGCUGGAUUAUAUCAAUCGGUGAAUAAAUUGGAUUCCGUUUCUCAAACAGAAUUUGCUUCAUCUUGCAAAAAAAGUGAAAAUGUUAAGUUUCUUUCUUUGAUACCAGGACUGGAUGUCACUGCUGAGUAUUUUAGCUCUGUUGAUCUUAUCAGGUGCUUAAGCAGACGUGCAUCUUCACAUGAAAAGGAUUCUGCUCUUCUGUCAGGAGAAGACCAGUCUGUUAAUCAAACCAAACAUCACACACAAACCCUAGCACAUACUGCUAUAAAUUCAAGGGAAGACACUGGAACAGAAAAACAAGGCUAAUUGAGCUUGGGAAGUAGAAGAAAUAAACAGAAGUAUAACAGCCAUCUCCACAAAAGACAGCUUGUCAGAAAUAGAUGGAAGCGUCAGCAUUAUUAUGAAUACCAUUCUGUAUUUCCAUUCCAAAGUCUCAGCCAAAUGGACCUAGAAGGGUUUACCUAUUUUUUUCCAGAGGACCAUACCCCUGACACACACCAAGAAUUUUUUCCUUCUUGGCCCACACCUUCUGGCCUCACUGAGUCCAAUGCCUUGGCACUGUGCAAGCAGACAAUAGCUAACUCCAGCACAGGAAGAUCUUGUACUUCUCUUCUUGGCAGGCAGAUAGAGGAUACAGUAGAUAUGUGUGUGAAAGAUCUAUUGCUGAAGGAUGAUCUCAGCUGGUCAGAAGCAGGCAUGGCCCUGUUAGAGAAUGAAUGUGAAAAGAGGGUUUUAGAAGAAAUAAAUUACAACACACAAGGAUUUCAGGGGUCAAUUGAAGACCUUCUCUUAGCAUUAAAAUGCCCCACUCUCUGCAGUGGUAAUGAACAGUGUGUAGAAUGGGGCUGUGCCUUUUCAGGGCACAGCUCAUAUGACUGCAGUGUGUUGUCUGAUCAGGUUCCAGAAAUUACAGAGCUGGAGAAUGAUGGAUUGUGUGAUGUUCGACAGUAUGACUGUACAUCUGUGAGAGCUUUUGGCCAAGGAUUCAGGGAGUCACCCAGUCUGAAAUGUGAAAUUAUCAAACUACAGUACAGCGACAGUAAAUGGAUCCUGGGAGAACCUGUGUUUAUGCUAUCUGCCUUCCAAAACACCAGAACUGUUGAUUGCCAACUGCCAACUGAUGGUCAGCAAUCUAAUGUCGUGGAUCAGGUUGACGACAAACCUAUUGCGAGAUGGCAAAUCAAGAUUUCUAACGAUGGAUUCAUUUAUAGCAACCCUAAAACAAUGACAUUAUUUGAUGGAGCUUGUCAAAAAUGUGAACCACAGGCAAAUGGGUUAUGUACAUUAAAGGAGAAAACAUGCAACAUAGAUGGCCUCUGUUAUGGAGAAGGAGAUACAAAUCCUACCAGCCCAUGCUUACUCUGCAGACCUGACAUCUCAAAGUUAACUUGGUCAGUUACUGAAAACAAUGAGCCUCCUGUGCUUCAAACUUUGCAAGGCACACUACAGACAUUUUAUGGGGAAAAUUUUGUGUACCAGUUUAUCGCAUCAGAUCCUGAAGGCUCUGCCAUCCUUUUUAUGUUGGACUCUGGUCCUGAAGGUGCUAGCCUUUCCCCUUCUGGACUCCUUAUAUGGAAAGCUGUGGCAAAGAGUUCACAGAAAUUGACAUUUUCUUUGACAGAUGAUUGCAAUGCUGAGACUAAAGUAAUAAUAGAGGUCAAUGUGAAAUCGUGUGAUUGUUUAAAUGGCGGGUCAUGUGUGACAAAUAUACAUUUCCCAUCUGGAAGUGGAAAAUACCUGUGUGUCUGUCUGCCUGGUUUUGAAGGUGACCUUUGUCAAGUGAAUUUUGAUGAUUGUAAAUCUAAUCCCUGUGGUAUUGGCAGAUGUGUUGAUGGGAUAAACAGCUACUACUGUGAAUGCACACCUGGGCUGCAGGCUGAAACAAAAUUGGCAAGUGAUGUUCCCUCACAUCUUUUGGUUCCAGAAAGCUUUGAAGAUGUUUAUGAUGAAAGAGAGGAUGACACUGAAGAAAUGAGAAGGAAUGAGGGUGAAGAUUACAUUUUUCAUGAAGAAAAUGGAAUUGCUGAUGCACAUAUUGAUGAGAAUGUAUCUGUCAAAGAGUCCAUUGAGAGAGUUCCUAAUGCCACAAGCUUUACUCCCAGUUCUACAGAUGCUGUCGAAAGUUUUAUUUCUGUGCAAAGAGCCAGCAGCACCCCCUCAACCUCCACAGUGAAAACAAACACCCUGUGGAAGCGAAUUAAUUCUCACAUAACCACUUUUGACCAGUCUGCGCAUACCAGAUACAUUGGCCAUACCUUCACUGCCAUCAAUAACCAGCUAGAUAACACAGGAGAAAGUUCUGCCGUGAACACUAUGACAAUACCAUCUUUUAGGAACAGUCCAGUAUUACAUGAUAAGACAACAAUGACACAAUCUGAGGGCUACAAUCCUUUAGAGACUAGCAAGGAGACAUUCCUUAGCAGCAAAACAAACAUACCCUCCAUAAUGAGCAGAGUAUUAAAAGGAGGAAAUAGUCACAAAGUUCAACACCCAUCGGUCAAGCAUAACGAUAGUCUUUUACGGUCUGGUUUUGUUGGAAUCACUGACCCACCAAAAGUGCCCGGAACAGAUCAGGAAUCAAAUGCAACAGCAGUGCCUAAGGCAUUAACUUGUGCUGAUUUACCUUGUUUUCCUGGAGUUCUCUGUAAACCAAGCCAUGAUGGAAGUUUCAUAUACGGUCGUUGUCCUUAUGGUUAUUAUGGAAAUGGUGUCACUUGCAGAGCAAUAUGUAGGCAUGCAUGUGGUAAAAACAUGGAGUGUGUGGCACCCAAUAUUUGCAAAUGCAAAAGUGGCUACUCUGGUUAUAACUGUAAGAGUGCUGUGUGUCAACCUGACUGUAAAAACCAUGGCAAAUGCACAAAGCCUAAUGUCUGUGAAUGUGCCCCAGGAUACAGUGGAUCAACCUGUGAGGACGCACAUUGUAACCCACUGUGUCAACAUGGAGGCACAUGCUUGGCCAGAAAUCUCUGCACCUGCCCUUAUGGUUGUGGUCCCAGGUGUGAAACAAUGGUUUGCAACAGACACUGUGAAAAUGGUGGUGAAUGUCUCACUCCAGAUGUCUGCCAAUGUAAAGCUGGCUGGUAUGGCCCUACAUGCAAUACAGCGGUGUGUGACCCCAUAUGCCUCAAUGGUGGCUCCUAUACUAAGCCAAAGGUUUGCCUCUGUCCAAAUGGAUUCUUUGGUGCCCAGUGUCAGAAUGCUGUUUGCUACCCUCCCUGUAAGAAUGGUAGCCACUGCAUGAGAAAUAAUGUGUGCACCUGUCCUGAUGGGUACGCUGGCAGAAGAUGUGAAAAAAGUGUCUGUGAUCCAAUGUACAUGAAUGAAGGCAGAUGUGUAGGGCCAAACAUUUGCUCUUGCCCCUCAGGGUGGAGAGGAAAACAAUGUAAUACACCUAUUUGUCUUCAGAAAUGUAAAAACGGCGGAGAAUGUAUCGAACCAAGCAUGUGUCAUUGCCUUCCACAAUGGGAAGGGGUUCAGUGUCAAACACCUGUGUGCAGUCAGAAAUGUCUCUUUGGUGGUAGGCGUGUGCAGCCUAAUGUGUGCUCUUGUCAUCCUGGUUAUACAGGAGUCACCUGUGCAAAGAAACUACAGGUACAGAGACAUCAUGGUUGAAGAAAAUCAAGUACAUGGAUUACAAAGCCAUGUUCUAUGGACUAAAAGGCA